AUGGUUUUGGAAACUAGAAGAGCUAUUUUUGUUUUUUGGAUUUUUCUCCAAGUUCAAGGGACCAAAGAUCUCUCCACUAAAAUUUACUAUUCUGAAACUAAAGACAUAGACAAUGCCCCAAGAGUUGAAACAACUGAGAGUACUGCAAAAAUGUACAAAGUGUCAAGCAUGAGACAAAUAUUCGAUCUGGCAAAGCACCGAACAAAAAGAUCCGCAUUUUUCCCGGCUGGGGUUAAAGUCUGUCCGCAGGAAUCCAUGAAACAGAUUUUAGCCAGUCUUCAAGCUUAUUAUAGAUUGAGAGUGUGUCAGGAGGCAGUAUGGGAAGCGUAUCGGAUCUUUCUGGACCGCAUCCCGGACACAGGGGAAUACCAAGACUGGGUCAGCAUCUGCCAGCAGGAGACCUUCUGCCUCUUUGACAUUGGGAAAAAUUUCAGCAACUCCCAGGAGCACCUGGAUCUCCUUCAGCAGAGAAUAAAACAGAGAAAUUUCCCUGAGAGAAAAGGUGAAAUAUCCCCAGAGGAGACAGUAGGAAAGCCUGGAGACACUCUUCCUUUUUCUACAGAUGUUGCCAGCAUCUCCCUCGGGCCCUUGCCUCUCUCUCCUGAUGAGACACUCCUCAACGUCACCCAGAUGCCUAUAGUAAGACAUUCUGAGAGCCAGUCUAGCCCUUCACAUGCCUGCCUUUGUUUUAUUAGUGAAACAGGAAAAGAGAAUGGACAAACCAGCCAUCCAAUGUUAUUAGGGCUACAUUUUUAUCACUCUGAUCAAAGAGAAACAGAAUUCACUGAGCUACCCAGGGGCCCACUGGAGCAGAAGGUGGAGCUGAGCAUCUCUCUGGCCAACCGGAGGUUCAAGGCGGAGCUCACUGACCCCCAGUCCCCGUAUUUCCAGGAGCUGGCAGCAGAGUCUCAGCUUCAGAUGCAAAAGGUAUUUAAGAAACUUCCAGGAUUCAAAGAAAUCCAUGUGUUAGGAUUUAGACCAAAGAAAGAACGAGACGGUUCAAGCUCCACAGAAAUGCAACUUACGGCCAUCUUUAAGAGAGACAAUGCAGAAGCAAAAAGUUCCGCAAGUGACCUCUUGUCUUUUGAUUCCAACAAAAUUGAAAACGAAGGAGUCCCCCAUGGAACGAUGGAGGAGGACCAGCAAACAGAACUCUAUAUCACAGCUUUAGACCUCAAAAAGCUGAUCAGCAGAGCACUAGAGGAAGACCAAUCCUUGGAUGUGGGGACAGUUCAGUUCACUGAUGAAAUUGUUGGGCCAUUGCCAGGCCCGGAUCCUGACGCCCAAUCAGGGCUUCCACUGCUCCUUGCUGAUAUCACAAAGGAUGCCACUUGGAGUCCAGAACUUCCUCUUGGUCAACCCAGGCUUGAGGCAGCGGACAGCACUGCACACGGUCUACCUGAUGGUUCUGGGUCUUCACCUACUAUGGCCUCUACCUCCCUAUCAGAAACUCUACCUUUCUUUACUGCUUCGAGCAUCUUCUCUCUGACUGAUCAAAGUACCAUCGACAUCAUGUCCAUUGACCAGACAGUACAAAGCCCCGGGCUACCCAUCCCCACAGGUGAUUAUUCUGCCGUCAAUCAGUCAGCUCUGGAAAUUUUAUAUUCACCUGCUCCUUCAGAAGACAGCAGGGCGAGUACACGCAGUCAAGAUAUAGUCAGAGACUUCGAUGGAAUGGAGCUGUCUAGCAUGCCUGCCGCCUCUGAGGUACCAGGACUCAGUGGAUAUGUUUCCAGCCCGGAUCAUUUCUUGGAGAAUACCACUCCAGUCCCAACUUCACAGUACAUCACCACUAGCUCUAUGACCGUCGCUGCCAAGGGCCAGGAGCUGGUAGUGUUCUUCAGCCUGCGUGUCGCCAACAUGCCCUUCUCCAAUGAUCUAUUCAAUAAGAGCUCUCUGGAGUACCAAGCUCUGGAGCAACGAUUCACACAGCUGCUGGUUCCAUAUCUACGAUCCAAUCUUACGGGAUUUAAGCAACUCGAAAUACUGAACUUCAGAAACGGGAGCGUGAUCGUGAACAGCAGAGUGAGGUUCGCCAGGUCGGUGCCAUAUAACCUCACCGAGGCGGUGCACGGGGUCUUGGAGGGUUUUCGCUCGGCGGCAGCCCAACAGCUCGAUCUGGAAAUAGACAGCCACUCUCUCGACAUUGCGCCAGCUGAUCAAGCAGACCCCUGCAAAUUCCUGGCCUGCGGAGAAUCCGCGCAGUGUGUGAGGAAUGAGCGAACCGAGGAAGCCGAGUGUCGCUGCCGACGGGGCUGCGAGGGCCAGGGGAGCCUGGACGGCGGGGACGUGGGCCUCUGCACCCCUGGAGAGGAAUGUGAGCUCCCUGCAGGUGGGUCGGGCACACUAACGUCACCAGAUCACUCUAAAAAUCAAGCAAAUGAAACUAGCUAAAAACUAGUGCUAUAUGAGCAAAAUAACAAGGUAACCAGGAAAAGAAAUUCUGAAUUACAGACUGUAGGAUAUGAAGAAUUUAACCAUUAAGAUUGGGAAGGAAAUUAAAAACUGAAAAUGUACAAAUUAUCAUUUAAUCUAUCUCAAGAGAGAUGGCUUGCUUUCUCAAGAAAUAUUGUAUCCACUCCGUCAAAACCCUGAAAACAUAGGCAGGGAUAUUCACUGGUCAUGGGAAUCCAGGCAUAUAGUCAACACUGAGAACCAGCACACGCCACAUUUCCAGUAGAGAAGAGCUGGAUACUUGAUGACUGGUAAAUUCUGAAGAAAAUGAUGCUUAUAUAAUUAAAAUCGAAAACACCAUCAGUGAAACAUAUUUGGCUAUUCCUGGAUGACAGUCAAGGUGAUGGUAAACCAGAUUUGUUUCCAGCUGCCCUUAAAAUAUUGCUCACAGAUCAUUUACAACAUGUGUAACUUACUUAUUGUUUUGGGAGGAGGGGGUGAACAAUAUCCUGAGAAGCAAAGCUCGUGUUAUAUGUUACAUAAAGGUUGACUGAUUACGCAAAGAGAUGCAGGCCUCUCCAAAUGCAUGAAUGUAUAGACAAUAUACACACAUGUAUACACGCUCCACACCUCUGUGUCUGUCACACACACACACUCCUUCAGUUCUUAGGCACAUUAUAAGAAAGUACUGCUUACACAGUAGAUCAUUUUGUUGCCAAUAAUUUGACUUGUUCCUUUAAAACAAAAAAGAACUGGGGUUCAGAUAUACAUACCAUGGAAAAUCUUACUUUUCUUGUUGCUGCGUAAAUCUAUUGUAAAGGAAGACAUCAUAUUGGGGAAAAAGUGAGGUUGUACUUUGUGACAUGACCAAUUCUUGUUUUCCACCACAGAUGAACUAUGUCUUCCUAUAAUUUAAUAAGUUUGUUGACUACUUCUUUACGCUAACUUUGGCAUCUAGAGGAUAGGCAGACUGGAUUCAAGGUAGACCAGUUCAGCCAGUUUUUGAUGUGCUACUUAAUGAAAAAUGAAUCCCUCUGUAUCUCUUUCAAAUGUUCCAUUAUCAAAUUUGCUGUAAACCUUAAUUUCAAUAAAAUAUAAGCACUGUGUUCAUAGAUUUAUAAUAAAAUUGGGUCUGUGUUUUACUAAAUAGUCCCUGGAUUUGCUUUAUGGAUGAUAAAUGAUUUCAAGCAUGAUUUUAAUGCUGCCAAAAGAUAGCAAAAUAUUAAACAUUGAUGGCAACAUUUAAACAGUAAGCUUCAGAAAUAAAAACAAAAUGUUUCCUGACAAGAGACAGGCUUUUGGGAAGACAUACUUCCCCAUGGCUACGAACCCUUGAAAAUUCAUUCACGCGCCCUUGCAGAUGCACAGCUUUCACCCCUAUUCCCACCCCAAGUGUCCCUCAAAGUGAGAAGCUGAUAUGGGACAAGGAUUCAAAUUGGGAUAUGGUGAUAAAAGUGCCACAGACCAAAGAAUGGUGGCAAGAGACGUACCUACUUACGUCCAUAUCCCUGGAACUUCCCAAAGGAAAAUAUACUUGUUAGAUGCAUGACAGGCCAACAAAAAGCCCGUGAAAAAAAUUCCAUCAUGAGAGAGAAUGAAAACCGAAUGUAAUCACCUCCCAUAAUGGGCUGUCCACCCCUUCGUUUCAGCUGUGCUCUAACAACUGCAGAGAAUGCCGUCUUUGAGGGAGAAAGGCAAGUAAGCAGACACCCCAUCUCCUGUGGGGAAGUCCCCUUCUGAAGCAGGUGCCUCUCAUUGUUCCCAUCACCCACUUGUUGGGUUGGUCUUUUCCAACCAGCCAGAGAGGAGCUGUGGAGGUAACACAGUCGGCGUCUCUCUGCACUCAGCAGACCCACCAGGAUCACAGGAGCUUCCCGAUGAGGGACACGAGGUGACUCUCUAGGCCAGCUGUACUCGAAGCCUUAGGGAGAAGGACUCUUCUUUGGGUCCCCUGUUUUCACAUCCUGUCUUCUCACAAACAGUUGGGUAAGGGCCUGGGGAAAGGCAGCCAAGAUGUGGUUUUUCUCUAAUUUAGGCAAAGUGAGUAGUCACAGCUCACACACAGUCUUGCUUGCUCCCUGGAUGGAAGUCCCAAAGGAGUUGGACCCAAAGCUCAAGAAGUUUCAAUCACCUGAGUCCUCGCCCCUUGCUACAGCCGCCCAGCAUGGCGCUUCCAGCCCUGGUGACUGCAUGAAGCUUCAGGAUCCCAGACUUCUCCAACUUGUUCCAUCUGAGACAUAGGGCAACACGUGCAACACUUACAAUUGUCUUUGUUUAUAACACCCUGUAACUGUAUUAAAAACACAAGAUGCAAGAGGGAGUUCUACAGAGAAAGCAUUUAUUAUUUGUAUUUUCGGUACAUCGGCGUUUUAGGAAGGUAUAUAGUUUUAAGGAAAUGAGGAAAAGUUAAGUAACAGUUGCUAUUAGACAAGUUUUCAAAAGUGAAAAUAAAAUGGCCAAUCAGGUAAGCCUAUUUGAGGUUUGAAGGUGAGAUUCUGC